AUGUCUCUCAACGCAGAGCCUGCAGAUCCUGUGGAACGCCAGGAGAAUGGCCUCCCACCGAAGAGCUUUGCUGAAGCUGCUGAGGAAGCGCUAGAGGCUGACGAGCCUCCGAUCAACGAAGAUGCGAUCAAGGAAUCUCCGCCGCGACCGACGCAUGCGCGCAACACCAGCGAGCCACGACCAUUGGGCGAGGUGAUUGAUGACAUGGAGAGAACACCGUCGCCAGGAAGUCCAGCACUCCGACAUCCAAAAGGAAGACUCGAGAACAAAAGCACAAGUGGUAGUGGCAGUCAGGAGAGCUACGCAGGGGUGGUAGCUUCCGCGAACGGCGAACUUCCCAAUGGCGACGGACAUGGAAUGCCACUUCCCAACCUACGAAAUGGCAUCAGACACGUCAACGGCAACAAGACACCCGAACAGCUGGAAGGCGCGGGCGAAGACGAUACACCUCGAUCCCCAACUCGCAGAGCUCACAAACGCGUAUCGUCGCGCAAUCUGCAACUGACCAACGGCAACGCGACCAAGUCGGAGAAGGAGCAAGAGCAAGGGUUGGAUGGAGCGAUAGACAAGCUCGAGAAGGAGAAGAAGCUGGAGCCAGGUCAAGUCAUGUACGAGAAUCUGCGCAACAAGAGCGGCGAGAACCUGGCCUCGAUCGUGCCCGACAAGGACUACGAGCUCUCACUACAACAACGCGAAGACAAGCCACCAACCUCAGAACCACCUAAGGAGCUCGACGCUGGUCGUUCAGCUUCAGAGAAGAGUGAUCUUGUCUCAGGGCGACGCGCAGGCGCAGGCUGGUCUCAAAGCGCAAUUCGAUGGGCACCUCUGAACGUCCCCGUCCAGCGCCGCCUCCAAACACUCAUGGUCCUCGUCCACACCCUAUCUAUAGUCGGCGGUCUAGCAAUCUUCUUCAUGCUCUGCGCGAUACCCAUCCUAUGGCCCAUCCUCCUCCCCUACCUAAUCUACGUCCUCCUCUCCCGCGCAUCCAUCGACGGCGAGCUCUCACAACGCUCAGACUGGUUCCGACGAAGCAAGAUCUGGUCCCUCUUCGGCUCCUACUACCCAGCACGACUGCACCGCAGCCAGGAACUCGAGCCUACCCGGAAGUACAUCUUCGGCUACCACCCCCACGGCAUCAUCAGCCACGGCGCCUUCGCAGCCUUCGCAACAGAAGCGCUAGGCUUCAGCCAGCUCUUCCCAGGCAUCACCAACACCCUCCUCACCCUCGACUCGAACUUCCGCAUCCCGCUCUACCGCGACUACGCCCUGCACAUGGGCCUCGCAUCAGUAAGUCGCGAGAGCUGCGAGAACAUCCUCAGCAAAGGUGGACCCAACGGCGAAGGUAUGGGUCGCGCCAUCACGAUCGUGAUAGGAGGAGCAAGGGAAUCCCUCGAUGCGAAGCCUUACACUCUCCGCCUGGUGCUGAAGAGGAGGAAAGGCUUCGUCAAGCUCGCGAUCAGAACAGGUGCAGACCUCGUUCCCACCUUAUCAUUCGGCGAGAACGAUCUCUACGACCAAUUCGACGCCACCGCGCAUCCUUGGGUCCACAAGGGGCAGUUGCUUGUGAAGAAAUUUAUGGGAUUCACAGUCCCUCUCUUCCACGCCCGCGGCGUCUUCAACUACGAUGUAGGCAUGAUGCCCUACCGCCGCCCCAUCAACGUCGUCGUCGGCAAACCUAUUCGAAUCAUGCAAUCGAAAACCCCAGAUCCCGCUUACGUCGAUGAGAUUCAUGCGAAAUACGUCGAGGAGUUGGUGAGGAUAUGGGAUGAUUGGAAGGAUACUUUUGCGAGGUGUCGGCAGGGUGAGCUGGAGAUUGUGGAGUAA